AUGCAGCAGAUUCGCUUGUGGCACAGCAUACCAUUAACGAAUUUCAUCCGGCUACUUAUGCCAACUGAAACUCACAUCUUUCGGCAAUACAGAGCUGAGAAAAGAUCAAGAGCCAUGAAUUCGCAUCAAAACAACACUGGCCAUCCCUACCAUAGCAUCCAAGUUCCCGGUGAUGCUCCUUUCAGACUCGGCGUCUCACCUGGAAAAGGAUGGGGUGCAUUUGCCACGCGAAAGAUCUCCAAAGGAGAAACGAUCCUACAAGAAAAGCCUCUCUUCGUUAUCCGGAAACCCCAUCGGAUGAUCGAGGAAAGAGAUGUGCUCGCCGCCUACUACGCACUAUCGAAGAAAGAGAAAUCUCAGUUCCUCAUUGUUAGAGACAAUGGCGACGGCAUCUUCCCAACCAAGGAGAGGGCUUUUGCAGAAAACUCUUUCGCCAUUCCCGCACAGCCGGGCAUGGCGCAUGGCUUCUUCUUACUGCAUUCCCGAUUCAACCAUUCUUGCCUUCCCAACUGCAAGAUCACGGAUGAGGCUCAAGCUGGCGAUUGCAUGGCCAGCUACGCCACUUGUGACAUCGAAGUCGGCGCUGAGAUACUCUUUUGUUACGAACCAGACUUUGAUUACAGAACUAGGGACGACCGUCACCGCAUACUACGCUUUGAGUGUACCUGCCGAGCGUGUGACCAAACUUCAGACUUCCAUGUACUCAGCGAUAUGCGACGCAUCCUCAUGAGAGGUCUCGAUUACCUCAAUUCUGGUCACGAUUUAGAUGACUCACUUCACGGCUCUAGGACUCGACCGAUCAUCGCCAAUGCUGGGUUGAGACAGGCAGCGGAAACAUACAGUAUCUUGUUGUCUUCCAGGUUCAUAUACAACGUGCUGAUGAUGGCGCUAUGUGAACAGGAGGGCCUGUUAGAUGAGUUUGUCGAAAAACGUAUGUGGCCAGGUUUAAUGGGUAUGGCGCAAUCAUUUGGCACUCAGAGCAACAGAGAAGUGGCCGGAUUGGCUCUGGCGCGGAAGAGUUGGACUGAGAACUUCGUUGUUUCGUCGUGUAUAUGGGGAUUGCACGAUGCAGCCGACACCGCCUUUGCACAACACUAUCGUUUGCUAGCUAGUGAUGGUCAAAGAUGA